GUUGUCACUUCGUGCCCCUUCAACUACUCAAAACCAGUUCCUUCCUAUUUCAGUGAAAUAGGGUGUUAAAUCUACGCCUUCGGUCAUCACUGGUUUGCGAGAUAAAAUCAAUACAAGAUACUAUAAAACGGGCGUGUUCAACACUCACAAGCUUACGUGUAAGGUUGGAUUAUUCAAACAUUAUCACGUUUUUCGCUAAAUUUUUUUCGAAGAUGGUUCAAAAAGGACCCCGACCAUUGGUGCUUUGCGGCCCAUCAGGGUCGGGAAAAAGCACCUUAUUAAAACGUUUACUUAAAGAAUUCCCGGAUAAAUUUGGCUUUAGUGUUUCGCACACAACGAGAUCUCCACGCCCGGGUGAAAAAGAUGGAGUUCAUUAUCAUUUUACUAAUAAAGAUGACAUGCUUGCUGCUAUUGAAAAGGGAGAAUUCAUAGAAACAGCAACCUUCAGUGGAAAUAUGUAUGGAACCAGUAAACAAGCAGUUGAACAUGUUCGGCUUACUGGCAGGAUUUGCGUACUAGACAUUGAAAUGGAAGGAGUAAAACAAGUGAAGAAGACCGACCUGGAUCCACUUUUAGUGUUUGUAAUGCCACCAUCUAUAGAGGAGCUAGAGAGGCGACUGCGUGCAAGAAAUACGGAACAAGAAGAUGCAUUAAAAAAGAGACUGGACACUGCCAGACGUGAAAUUGAAUUUGGAGAACAGCCAGGAAACUUCCAUAUCAUAAUUCUUAAUGAUAAUUUGGAUAAAGCAUAUUCAGACCUUUGUGAAUUUAUUUCGAAGAAUGUUCCAGAAAAAAUGGAAGAACCUAAUAAUUCGAAUGAAAAUUGAAAUGGAUGAAAUUCAUGGAAAACCACCUACCUCUGCCAGUCGCAUCAAGGAUGUAGAUUUUGUGUAUGUGAUUAGAAAGUUGUUGCUUUUGUUAUCGGCUUAGUUUUGAUGUUGAAGUCCUUCAAAUUUAUAAAUUACAAUGUUUAACAACAAUUUCCGCAGGGUAUUAUUAUUGUAAUCAAUAAAGGUGCAUAUUGAUACAGUUAAAUGUAUUGUAAUAAUGCGACACAUUGUAUUGAUUUUCACUGAUAUUAUGUAUUCCAUGUUGGUCAAAUUAUUAAUAGAAAUGCGCAUAAAUAAUAUACGAAACACCAAUACUUUUGUAAAUGUAAACUUUUUAAUCAAUAAAGACAUUUUGUCAUAUUAUUACAAUAAAUGUACAAAAUUAAGCGAAAGAUUUUAGAUACCACAGUUAUAGGUAAAACCAAUUUAUAUGUGCAUUUAUGUUAUUUUCUUGUGACUAAACAAGCAAAAUAUUUAUGUAGAUAAUGUUUACAUAAAGAGCACUGACUUUAAUAUGUAGAUGCAUGCAUUACAAUUAUUUCUGCAUGUCAUUGUUUACUAAUAAAAUAAUGAGUACCUGAAGUGUUUAAAAGUAAUGUGUUAAUGUUUAUUUCGUGCAUUAAUUUAAAAAGCUUGUUUAUCAAACAUUUAAAAGGUAUUAAGUUUUUUGAUUUACUCGAAUACUAAAUAUAAUUGUUUGUUUUUAUUUAUUCCUAUAUUCUAUUUCAAUACAUAUGAGAGAUAAUAUGGACUUUCAAGGCUCACACUUCAUUGCUAUCAGAUAUAUUGAUAUUAUCUGUAUAUUUUUCAAUAUUUAAUUUUAACAUGCAAUGAGAUGAAACUAGAAUACUCCACAUUUCAAAGUUUUACAGUUAAAAAAAAUUAGCUCUGCCACUUCAUUUUGUUCAACAAAUCCUUUUUUAAUAAUAAUUAUGCUGUAUUGAAUUUUGGUUUGUAUAUUCAUUGAAGACUAAUGUAAAUUGCCUGUGCCAAAUCACUUAUGAAACACUUUAUACAGUUUUUAAUACUUUUGAAUAAAUGCGUAAAAGGACACAAAGUCUAAAAAAUUAUGAAUGUGUGUGGUACUUUCAUGUAAUUUUAUUGUUUCAGAUUUUUGCACUCAAAAAUGUUUUGAAAUAUAUAGUGUAUAGAUGAUUUUAUUCAUUUAAUAUUACCAACAAAUGGCAUAUAGACAAAUCUAAAUAUGACUUCUGAUACUGUUAUGAACGAAAUGUUAUAGUAGUCAUUAAAUGGCCAAAAUUGACACUGAAUUAUAUCAUAAGACAACAUGCUAGUAAAAUGGAUCCUUGUUACAGGAGCUAUGAAAAUAACUCUUUACUAAAGAAAUUAGCAAAUAUUGAACAAAAAAUUGUCGAUAUAUUAACUUUUCUUGUUACUUGUUAAUGCAAUCAACUAAACAAAAACAUGUUUUUUUUUAGCUUUAAUUUGAAUAAAUAAUUAACUUGCCUUUAAAAAUAUUGAUGUUUGCUUAAUGUGAUGUAGUAGGAAAAUGCUUUUGAUGUUUAAAUGUAAAUCUUGCUUGAAUUCUUCAUUUGAUUUGUAUAUUUGUAUAUGUAGUGUUAUAACUUUCACCUAUUUGAGGAAUUUGUAGGUUAUUGUAGUAAGAAGAAAGGCCAUGUUAUUUUAUAAAAUCAUAAUAUUUUUAUUGUAUUAAAUGCUACAACAAAAUUUUUGUCAUAAUUAUAUUUAAAGAAAAAUCUCUUAUAAAAAUCCGAUCAUUCCAAUGUUAUUUUUUUCAUUUAACAAUUGCAUUCUAUGUCUUGUAUUUAAAUUGCAAUUAUGUUAUUUUUGCAAUAGUAAAUUGUCGCUAGUGUUAAUUAAAUUUAUUAAACUA